UCUGGAGUUUCUUAUUUCGGUUUUCAUGAAAGAGUGACAUUUGAUGCGGGUCCCUAUCCUCUGUGAAGUUUUCCCUCGUUUUCGUUGGCUGAAGCAGAAGACUGGCGCGUUCGUUCGAGGAAGUUUACGCUGGCAGAACGAGUUUUUUUAAUGUUAAAUUACAUGUGAUAUUUCUUUACAGCCAUCUGUUCUGUCAAUAUAAUUACACGGGAAAAGCGACAGAUUUAUAUAUGGACUUAAGUCAUGUUCCGUUGACACUGUGAGGCGUUUAUUGUCAGUGUGUAACUCGGCCUAAUUCAGUUUGUGUGGCGUAUGCAGCAGUCUGACUUGAUCAUGGAGAGCAAGAGUAGUCGGUUUCCGUUCCCUUUCCAGCCCUAUCCCAUCCAGGAAAGCUUCAUGGAGGCCCUUUACACUGCUCUGGAUCAGGGGAAAGUCGGUAUAUUCGAGAGUCCCACUGGCACGGGAAAAUCUCUGAGCCUUAUAUGUGGUGCACUGACAUGGCUGAGAGACUACGAGGAGCAGAAGAAACUGGAGGCUGCUAGACUUCUGGAUGGGCCGGAGAAGAAGUGUGAUGCUGUGAAGGAGAACAGCAACAGCCAGCCAUCAGAGCCAGACUGGGUGUCUGAGUUUGUGCAGAAGAAAGCAGAGAGAGACAUGGUGAACAAGUUAAAGGUAUGAGAACUCAAACGGAAGAAGCGAGAGGACAGACUGGAGA